AUGAUGGGCCUGCUUAUGUGUUUAGGUUGUCUGCUACUGGACUUCAUGAUGGCCCACAGCCAUGUGCUCAUGCAAGGCCGUAUAGUGGGUGGUCACACCGCUGCACCAAACUCCAUCAAAUACAUUGUGUCACUGCAGAGCACCAGGGGCCAGCACUUCUGCGGAGGAUCAUUGGUUCACAGGUACUGGGUGCUGACCGCAGCACACUGUAACAUCGGGGCAGAGCACAUGAUGAUAGUGGCGGGCGACUACAUUGUAAAUACCUUUGAGGGCACGGAGCAGUACGCAAAACCCCACAGGUUGGUCACCCACCCCCUCUACAACAGGAGCACCAACAAUGCUGACAUUAUGCUCAUUAAGUUGCGAGCCCCCAUGGUGCUGAACAAAUACGUGUCACUGGCGCCUCUGCCCAGGCAGGGGACAGGAGUGGUCGAAGGGUUGGUGUGUCGGGUGUCUGGGUGGGGCUACAACAAUCUGGGUGGAGGCCAGGCCCCCUUCACUCUGCGGACAGUCACAGUGCCCAUUGUUUCAACUGCAAGGUGUAACAGCAGUAUGUCCUUUAACGGAAACAUCACAGCAAACAUGAUCUGUGCUGGCUACAGGACAGGAGGAAAAGACGCAUGCAAGGGAGACUCUGGGGGACCGCUGGUGUGUGGGGGUCGUGUCUAUGGCGUGGUCUCCUGGGGCAACGGCUGUGGGGAUGCUAAGUUUCCAGGAGUCUACACGGCUGUGUCCAAAUUCCGCCGAUGGAUAGACCAAACCAUCUAUCGGUCAUACCUACGCUGUACCAAAUACUGAUGAAGAUAGGGAUAAAGCAGUCAUCUAUGCCUGAAAAUGCUUAUUCUGACAUGUACCAAAGGUGGUUCCACUGAUCUGAUUAUUCCUGUAAUGUGUUCAGUGCCAAUAUAGUGAUGAUGCAUCUCAU